AUGAAAAGGCUGACAAGCAAAGAGCAAAUUGGCCAGCAUUCCAUGGCAGUUGGGUCAUGCUGGCUAGGUGUGAUCAAUGGCUCCUUUGCCAAGAUCUUUUUCAACUGGCUCCUGCUGCAUCAACACCAAGAAAUAGGUAAGUGACAACAUACUGUGAAUUAAAGUGGCUGCCCCUCAAUGCAGUUUAACCACCCUUGUACCCACAACAUAAGGAUGGAUUUUUCUCUUUCAGCAUCUAUUUUAAGGUGUGGAGUGCUAAUCCCUACUGGUUAAGGGUGAGAACCAAGAUGGGUUCAUUUUGAUUGUGGAUGAAUUAGUCCAGGGAAAAAUUAUGAGAUCACCAUACAUAUGGUGAGUGGGUUGGAGAGAAAGAAGAUUUGAAGUAGCAUUUUCACCAGUUUGGUAUACUUGAGAAGCAAAUAAGAAAGACUUGGAAGAAAGGGGAGGGGUGUGGAUUUACAUUGGGGUAUGUGAGGAUAAAGCCCUUGUACCAUGUGAAGACAGCUGAUCCAUUUAAGAUCUGGUAAAGAUGAAGAUUAAGGGUUAUAUCCAACUAUGUCAUACUUGGCAUUGAUUUCUACUUAAAUCAAUGGAUUUUAGUUAGUCAUGUCAUGAUGUGAUAUCAGUUCACCUGGUUUUAAAUGAGAUCUUCAUUUAUUGAUUCAAGGACAGUCCACGGCAACUAAAUGCAACACGUGCCACAUCACUUGCAUGCACAUAUUUUUACAAUGGAUAGGAAAAGAAAUUCUGCCUUAGCCACAAUGGGCCCAAACAGUUGGAGAAAGUAUUGAAUUUUGGAACUGCACAGGUGCAGUCAGUACUGUGACUCACAAAAGAUAAAUAUAUUACAGCUCCCUCCCUCCCUUUGUGUGUGAGGGGUGGGGGGUGCUUCCACAUUACACAUUUAGUGUGGAAUUGUUGCACUUUGUUCACUCACCAUUUACUGGGCAGCUAUAUGGUGCCAUCAUCAAAUUGUUGACCACCUGUGCUUUCCUUGUGUUCUUGUCAUCUGUUGUGAAAGAACAGCAUUGUGGCACAAAACCGGCAGAUAUCAAAUGCCCUAGCUCUACUCUUUGGUCUUUUAAACCAGGUGUGUUUUUGAAGUGUGCUGUGAUGUAUUGUCAAGUGUCAAAUGUUCUUUUUAGGGGAUUCCUCAAAGCCCCAGAGCACUUUCUUACUUCCAAGUCUGCCUAGAAGAUUCCUAAUCUCCGAAAGAUUUAGGGAUCCCUCUCACCACAGGCUUUAGCUCUGUUAAUAAUCUUAUUCUCUUUUGCUGGUGUGCCAUUGGGCUUUUUCACCCAGAACUGCCCAAACCUCCUUCUUUGCACUCUUUAGUCCUUUUAGCUCUCUCGUGUCCUUUUAGCUAUUUAUAGGUGUUUCCUGAAUUAUGCACCUCCCUGGGUUCUAUCCCAAAUGCCCGCUUGUUUUCUUCUCCCACCUCCUUCCACUGUUUUUGUGCCAUCUCCACUCCCUGCCACUAUCAUCACUUUGCCACACCUGCACUUUAACCUUUCCAGUGAGUGUCAUUUUAUCUCUGUAUUCUUGUUUUCUAGCAAUUAAUGCUAGAUGGGAUUUUUAAACAAACACGUUUGUGAAAUACUGUGUAGAAGUAAUAAUUAUUUUUUAAAAUAUAUUGUUUUCAAGAAACAAAACCCUGACCUUCUGGUCACGACCACUGUUGCAGCAUUGUUUGUUUGCCCCUAAAAGUCUUUCUAACAUUUUAAAGUGUUUGGCACUCUAAAGGCAAGUAUUUACUCAUUGUUGUUAAAUAAUGACAUCAUUGGUUCUUCUUUUCUUAAAAUGAUUGAUUUUUAAAAAUGGGAUGGGAAAUAGUGCGCUCAGAGAAUUUUAACUUUCCCAUCCAUAUAGCCAUGUUAUACCCACAAGUGCAACAGAACAAGGCAUUGUGAAAAAGUACUAUACUUGAAGAGUGUGGAAAGUCACUUGUAAUUCUGGUUGCAGCUUACAGAACAACAAUGUCUGGGUACUGCUAGGAGCCAGCUGUCUCUUAAUACCUGGAUAUCACACUCAGCUGAGUUGAAAUAUUAGAUAAAAAAGGGAAUGAGUGAAAAAAGAGACAUGUAGGGCAUAAAUGGCUUGAGGCAGCACAAUUUUCCCCAUAUCUAAUGCUUCAAAACCAAGACAAUUCAGAAGAGCUUCAGUGCUGAAUACACCACCACUUGAAACAGAGGGUUGCAUUCCAAGUUACUCAUACUUGGAGCUGAGUCAUUGAAAUUAGGAACAUUGGCACCUGCCUUAUACCAAGCCAGAGCAAUGGUCCAUCUAGCCCACUGUUAUCCACUGCUAGCACAUUUGCAAAGCUAAGCAGGGUUUGGUAUGGUUUCAGAUUGGAUGGGGGGACCAUGUGUUGAGAUUCCUGCAUUAGAGGGGGUUGGACUAGAUGACCCUUCCAACUCUACCAUUCUUUGAUUCUAUGAUUCUACUCAAACUGGUAGUGGCUGUCUAGGGUUUCAGGCAGGAGUCUUUUCCCAGCCCCACCUGGAAACACUAGGGAUCAAACUCAAUACCUUCCAACGUGCAAAGCAGAUGCUACAGUCUUUCCCCUAAUUUAGCUACAGUAAUACCUCUGGUUAUGAACUGUCCUCCUUACGCACGUUUCGGGUUAUGAGCUCUGCUAACCCGGAAGUAGAUGCUCCUGGUUGCAAACUUUGCCUUGAGAUGCGAGAAGUUGCGUGCCGGAGGUGCACACGCAACGGGAGGCCCCAUUAGCGAAAGCGAGCCUCAGGUUAAGAACAGUUUCGAGUUGAGAACGGACCUCUGGAAUGAAUUAAGUACCAGAGGUACCACUGUAUUGGACUAACUUAGGUGCAUUUAUUUCAAUGGGUUUACUCUGAGUAGAACUUAGUUGGAUACAAUCCAGAAUCAGUUGAUUUAUUCUGCUUUCGUCAGAUCACAUCUGGAAUACUGUGUCCAGUUCUUGGUGCCAUAAAUGUGGACUCUCCUUUAGAGGAGGUUGGAUGGCCAUCUGUCAUGUAUGAUCUAGUUCAGAUUCCCGCAUUGCAGGGGGCUGGACUAGAUGACCUUUGGAGUUCCUUCCAACUCUACAGUUCUAUGGUUCUAUGAUUCUACCACCUCACACAUGACUGAGAACCCUCUGACAGACAUCAUUCUGAGUGCCCCUUAACAGCUAGCACAGCACUUAUCUUGGCACCGAGGUUCUGGCAGCUGUCCCAAUUUCAGGCAGCUACACUGGAUCCGCUCCAGGAAGUACGUACGCAAUCUCUUUGAAAAUACCAAUAAUGCACAUCCAGCUUUAAUCCAAGUACAUGACAUGGAAGGUUAUUUGUAUAAAUCAGCAGCAGAGCUGAAGUAUAGUGAUCUGAGCUCAACAACUGCAGAAGAGCAAAUGCCCAGGACAUUUUUAACCUCAGCCAGAGCAGUUGAGGUUCUAAACCAGGGUGAUCCAAAUAGCAGCGCUCAAAAUAAAGUGAGGCUAGUUAAUAAUAUAGAAUCAUAGAACUGAAGAGCAAGAAGAGACCCUGAGGGUCAUCUAGUCCAUCCCCCUGCAAUGCAGGAAUCUCAACUAAAGCAUCAGUGGCAGAUGGCCAGCCAACCUCUAACCUCCAGUGAAGGAGAGUCCACAGUUAUGUGCUCCUAAACUGGUUCAGUCAUCUUCUUUUAUUUCUGCCAGAAUAAUUGAGCUUUUGUGAAAUUUGCUCCAGAGAAGUGGUGAAGGGAGAAACUAUGUAAUAUAGUAAGAAACUGUGAAUAUAUGCACGAGGUAAGUGUAUAUGGGGUGGUUUAUCUGAGCAGAGAUCUUGAAAAUGUGGCACAUAGCUGCACAGGGCACAGAAACAAUGAUCCUCAUCACCAAAGUAUUUUCAGACAUUCUCUUCAAUUCUACAGCUCAUGGAACACCAAUAGCCAACACGUCAGACUGCACAAGGCUCCAAUGUACACAGAGUCACACCAAUCUACACAUGAAACCAUUCCCUCCUUCCCGUUUCUCUGAGAGAAAACACUGCUGAACACAUACAGGCAAUGGGAUUUAUCCAUUGCAAGUAGAAUAUUCCCUGAAGGAGAAAAGAACAGGGCAGCCUUUAUUUACCUGAGUUCCUUGUGUGUACUGAAGGAGUGAUUCUUAGAAAAUAACAAUCCUACAGCCUGUUUUCUUCAGUUUUAUAUACAGCUUCAGACCAGGCCAAAGGAAGAGCUCUCCUUCCACUUAGCAUGCUAUUCCUCAGAUCUGAUAGAUCUCUGAUGUGUGCUGAGGAAACAAUAUAAGCUAAGUACUACUUCAACCUUCGGGCCUGAGAUGGAAAAAAAUCCAGUUGAAUUAUUUUCUGAGCAAUCCCCAGGUAGCCCACAGGGCCUGCCAGUCAACCAGGGGUGGGCCAGUUUUAGGGGUUUGGGUUUUUUACCUCCUGGUCACUUGUCAGAAAACUGUGUGUAAAAGCCAUAAUUUUGGAUUGGUUGCCAGGUUUUAUUUUAGUUUUCUGUAAAACUGUCAUGGUUUGAGAAAAAAAUCACCAGCAGGAAUUUUACUUGCUGCAUAAAUCCAUUCAAAUACAGUAAACAGCCCAUAUCACUGAGCUCAGCCCAGGAUGGCAUUUCACAAGCUAUGAGAGUAAGAGACUGCAGGUACUCUGCAGCGCUCUCUUUCUCUCUUUCCAUACAGACAAGCACAAAUUAUACUGAGCCCAGUGUGGCAGGAUGGGUGGCACUGGACUGGUAGGGGCCGUUAUGAAGUUUCUUCAUUCACCUGCUUCCAUGCACAGGUUCUUCAUUCCAUACUGGAAGCACACGCUGAGCCCACUCUAUGUGCCAGCUCCAGCCACAGCCAGUCAACAGAAAGGGUUUACUACAUGGUCUGCUCCUGAGGGCGUCCACCAGGCUCUUUCCCCAGCCGGACCCAGGCUUAUAGGUAGAAUGGUAACAGAAACAAGAUAGACUGCACUCUUCCGGGGGAGACCUUUCCUGGGCCAGCAGGCAGCUCAGAUAAAAUGUUGCUGCUUCUGAUCUUAUAGUGGGGCUUGGGUAUGGUGCAACCAGCCCAGCCCCAAGCCCAACAGACAGAAGCUCACACCAGCAGAAAUAUCCCCCACCAACAAAAGUCCAUUUGCCUGCCAAAAAGGCAGCCUGGCAGGCAGAUUAGGACCUGACAGGCAUAACCUUUAAAAGGGAUGGGGCAUGUCAUAGGCUGCUGGAUCACAUCCGCCAAAGCCUGCUUGGAACCUGAUCGUGCCACACAAGAACACGACACACACAAUGGAUUGAUAUCCAUCUGGGAAAAUCAAGCCAGCUGCUAGGAGUCAAGGCCCCUUUGGCCCCCUCAGUAAAAUAUUUGAGGGGGCUGCCCCCCCCAGUUGAUGGACACAGACAUUCAAAUGGUGUAUGUGACCACAUCUUGUGAUCCAUUCCCAUAUGUACAAUGGGCCUCCCCCCCCCCAUAUUUUAUUCAAGUUGGCACCCCGACCACCACGUGUGUUUAGCACCAGGUUAUAUGGGCUGGAGUGGGUUUGUUAUCCCACUGUAACUGCAUAGUCCUCUACUCUUGUAAACUCAGAAAUAAGGCUGUGACUCCCUGGUAAGCAGGGCCAUGUUAUUUCGCACCUCCCAAAAGAACCCAAAAUUUGCUAACUUCAAUUUUCCAAAAAAAGAUGUCUUGUAGAAAAAAUGAAAAGCACAAAACACUGGAACUGCUAACUGUAGUUUAAAUGGCAAGAAUACAACAAUAUUUGAUUAUGUACAAAAUCUUGGAUUGUCUACCAAAGAAAACCUUUUAGCACACAAACCAUUUUUAAUAAUCUUGUGAAGUGCCAUGUUAGAAUUUAAGUCUCUUUAAUUACUCAAGUCAAAAUCUCACUGUGGGCGUCAUUUCCUUGGUCAUGUUCAGCUGAUAUAGUGGCCAAGCCCCCGCUCGCGCCCUCCCCAAUUCUGCCAUCACUUUGCAGACAGGGCCCAGCAUUUGACCCAGGGCAGCGGGCUGAGCCCCGGGAAAGGAGGCCUCAUCUGCUCGGGUGAAGCCUGGUGGGCUUCGCUGGGGCCUCAGGCUUCCGAGCCAGGGGCGGGGAGGCGGGCGGGAGCCGGGAGGCUUCAGGGCCUGCGACCAACCACCUCAGCCUCCCCAGCGAAGCCCCAAACAGAGCAGCUGCGCGCCUGAUGCGCUCCUUCGCAGCCUUCGGAUGCCGCGCUGCCAGCUUUCGUUUCCGCGGCGCCUGUCGCUUUAAGAGGCCGGAUCGGGGCGGCGGAGACGCGCGGGCUUUGGCGCGGCGAUUGGGCCGCGUCGCAGGAAGGGGCCGGAGAGGCGCUCGGGCGCUGGGCUGUCGUCUCCGGGCGGGCGCAGGGUGAGAGCGGGCUCCCGGCGGGAGGGCAGCGCUGCCUCCGAGCCCCCCCACUCCUGCUCUCCUGCUGCACCGCGCCGCGGCGGCCUUCCUGCUGCGCAGAGCGGUUUCCAGAGCGGUGCCCAAGGCUCGUCCGCCCCCGCCGCCCUGGUCUCCCUGCGCAUAGAUCUAGACAUACAUGUGUGUCGCUUUGUGUCUUUCUGUCUUUCCCGGCAGGUUUGCUGGUUGCCACCAUGGCCCAGAGGGCCUUCCCGAAUCCUUUCGCAGACUACGACAAAUCCUUGGCCACGGGAUACUUUGACUCUGCGGGGAGGGUGAGUUUUGGUGGUGCUUUAAAGCUUUUUACAGUACUCUGUGGCGGGGAAACAAGGUGGAAGAAGUGGUUUGUGUGAUGCUUGAGAGAGUCAUAGAAUUGUAAAGUUGGAAGGGACCCCAAGGGUCUUCUAGUCCAGCCCCCUGCAAUGUAGGAGGAUCUUGCCCAACGCUGUGCCCACUGAGCUAUUUGCAACACUUCGAUUCAGGAUUAGUUAUAAUCGACCUGAUCUAAUCCUGAAGCCUCUUUUGUUGUCUUAUUUUGAAUACUGCCCCCUCAGAUAGUAAUUUCUAACCACCUCACUUUUUGUUUCAUCAACAGAGUCACAAGGUGCUUGGUUUCUAACUAGAAAUGGAAACCUGCUAGUUUACCUUCCAGAACCAUCUGCCCUGUCCUCAGGGCCGACCCACGCGUGAAGCAAGAUGAGGUGACUGCCUCGGGUGGCAGGACCCACAAGGGCUGCAGAUCCAGCCUCCCGGGAAUGCCUGCUGGUGCUGCGGCUGCUGCCGUGGCGCCUUGGAGGCUGGCUCUUCUGCCCCCUGGCGAAUAGGAGGAGCUGCUUGUCUCCCCCCACCCUCGUUCCCAGGGUAGAUUUUCACUCCCCUCUUCUUCCUUGUCGUUGGGAAGGGGUGCCAUUUUCUGGUUUUCCUCAGGUGCCAUCAUGUCUUGAGCUGGCCCUGCCUGUCUACCACCGCCAUUCGGUUCCUCUCUCAAAAGUACCGGUGCUGAUCACUCCAUUACGGAUCCACUAGUGAGGGGGAAAUGUGUGUCCCUUAGGGACUGGCAGGCAAGAGUUUUCAAGCUGCUAGGAGGUUUUGCACAUCAAGAAGAAAGGCUCUGUCAGAUGCAUGAGUUAAGCUCAAAAGACCUCUUUGGCUAAUGAAGCUAAAUCUUAGCCUUGGCUCCUGGAUCAGAGAAAUGAUGUGCUUUAAUAGUUCUAAAGGGGUGAAAUUAAUAAAGAUGCAAAGGCAUCGGGGGGAAAGAAACUAGGUUACCUGCUGAGUCUCAACAUUGAGGAUUGGAGCCACUGACUUGAUUGCUCUUUAAAGACUAGGAGUGGUGGGUUUGAACUAUUCCUCCUGCCCCGUAAGUAUGUCGGCAUGUGCCAACCUGUAUGUGUGCACGUGUUUGCUUACAACGAAAAGGAGGAGUCAAAGGGAAAGUUCUGGUUUCUCAGUGAAGUGUUCAAAGCCCCUUUAUCUAAGCCAGGCUUCCUCAACCUCCAAAUGUUUUUGGCCUACAACUCCCAUGACCCCUCCCAGCGCCAGUGGUCAGGGAUGCUGGGAACUGUAGUCUCAAAACAUCUGGCCGAGGAUGAGGAAGCCUGAUCUAAGCCACGCUGGUUUUAUUCUCGUUUUAGAAGAAGCCACCAUACAAUUUCAGUGGAAAGGUCAUCUAAUCAUUUAGCUUCACACUAAGCAUUAAUCUUGAGAAUGAAGAGGCCUGCCUGCAUAUAUUGCUUAUUCCUUAAUGAAUUUGAGAUUAGGAACAUGGUUUCCAUUUUACUACAGCUGCUGAAAAGCUAAGAUGAAAAGAAUGAAUUACCUUCAGAGAAGGGUGUGGCAUGAGAACUUGUCCAAUAAGCUAGAAAUUGUAUUUGUUCCGUCACUGCCCCUGGGCAUGACACUCUGCAUCACCGUUUCAAAUUUCCCAUAGAGGGGGAAAAAUUGCUAUAGGAUUUUUGGCCAGGGUAGUGAAUGUUUAUAACAUCACUUGGGAAAAAAUGUGCUUUGCUGAGUGCCUGUGAUGUUCAUGAAUCCGAACGUAAAGAGAAUAAUAUAUUUGUUUUUACAGCAUUGCUCUACUGUUCAGAAUGGCACUUCUUCCUUUUUAAUAUCAUAUCUCUCAAAAUAAUAACUUUUAGGACAUUCUGUUGUCACAACAGUGAGGUAGUCUAUAUUAUGAUAUUAUCAGGAUUAUUGCAAACAAAUGCAAUGUAAUGCAAGCAUUUAUUUUUAGGCCUUUUGUGCAUGGACCAGCCAUUAAUUUGAAAUCCAUACUAGCUGAAUUUGAGGCUGCUUACAGGUUGCCUGCAUAUGAUCCCUAAUAAAAGUCCUGUUCAAACCACACACACACACACAAACAUAGUGCAUACUUUCUCCUGUGUCAGUAACGCCUUCCAACUGAUAGCAUUAUGCAGGACUUGCUGAGACUGCUCAGUGGUUGCAUCAUAAGUUUAGUGCUUGGGGUGGGGGGCGGGGACUGUUAAACUGAAUGGACUCGCCAAAGAUUUUUGGAAGUGUUAGCUCGGGUCUCUAGCAGGCAGGAGCUACAGCAGUGAUCCAUCCAAUCUUCAAAUUUCUCAUCAGUAUUAUUUAAUUGACACCACUUCACUUUCGCCUUUGGCAACAGAUACAUAGAUGCUUCAGUGGGGAAGGGCUGAGAGGAUCACUCCAUUGGGACAGAUUGUUCUUAAGGAGUUUUACCAUGGCCUGCAAAGUCAUUCUGCAAAAUUCUGCAAAGUCAGGAUUUAUUUAUAUUUUGUUAAAGCGAAAAGGAAUAAACAAAACGUUAUGGUUCGAGUAGUAAACUUCUGCAGCUCGACAAACCACAGCAAAAGAAUAAUAAUAAUAUCUUGAUUAAUGCUUGCCUUAUUCAAAAGUGAAAUCAUUACUUAGCACAUUUUCAGAAAGUAUGAUUAAAAGCAGAAUAACUGAGUACAGAUGUUCAAAAAAUUGUGAUAUGAAUGUGAUGGGUCAGCUGUGUUUCACCACAUAUCUGCUCUUAUAAAACAGGGGAAUCUUUGUCUCAAAAACUACAUGUGGGUGAGUGGAGAUGAAUUCUCCCCUGCCGUGCCUCCUCCAACUCCCAUCACUUCAAGCACUCCCUGCCCCCCCAACCUGCCUCCAGUGCCAGAACUGAACCAAACUGGGAGCCAUGUGGGAGAAAGAUCAGCCAUCCUCUUCCACAAGUAUAAAGUAGAGCCCUCCCACUCCCAGCUUUAUAUGUGGAAAAAGAAAAAGGAACAAACUGCCCCAUCAUAUCUAGUUUGGCCAUAGCGACUAAUCUUUCAGGAGUUCCUUUCUGUGUUAAGUUCAGCAGUGUGGAAACUCCAUCAUUGCUGUUUCCUGAAAGUUGGAGAUUCCCGUGUUCCUAAGCAGUGAAGGAAGGAGCCACAUUGUAGUGGCAAUAAAGUCAAGGUUUGAAGACGCCCCAGAACCUUGGCCAUUGCUUACUUGGCAUGUAAACGCCACCAUACAUGGGGUUCUCGUCUUUCAAAGUUUUGCGGUGUAGCAAUCACUUUCCAGGGCCCCGAGAAUCAGAACCAUUAGACACAGCAGCACAGAGACGUCAUUUUUUGCUACAGUGAACAUUUAAAGUGUGCAGGGGAGGCACAUGUCCUGAUACAGUUAGGGAAAUGCAGUGGACUUGGCAUAGGGCUUGGCUGACGCCCCCUGGCACCCUUGACUAUGCUUACGACAGCAAACACUGGUGUAUCUAUCCCACAAUGUCCCGCGCAGCAACUUAACUUGCAGUAGAUAUGUGGCAAGUCAGCGCAGACCGUCAAACAGCAUUGUAAUGUACUAUUCCCAUACUUUUUUGUCAAACUGCAGUCAACUAGCAGAAUCUACUGUUUAGAAUUUGAGUAGGCUAGAGGGUCCCCUGAGGGUAUAGCACAGCAGUGCUAUAGCCUAAAGGUAAUAAAGGCAUGGAUAACCAGGUUACCGUUGGGGGAGAGAAUAUGGCUUUCAAUAUUUAUGUCUGGGUUCUUAAUCAUAGUUAUUUGGACAAAAGCUUCAUUGAAAUCAGUGGGGCUUUACUCCCAAGUGAAUGAGUUUAGGUAUGGAGUGAUCGUGAGUAGGGCUUUUCUCGGUCUCUCUCUAAUUAUUGCUGCCUGAAUAAUAAGCUCUUUAUUUUCUCGAGGUUGCUGAAAGAGAUCCGGCUUUCUUUAAAAAGUGCUGAGCGCUUUAAAACACUUAUCCCGCUAUGCUGUUUUGCUGCAACUUGAUAAGCCGCAGUGUGUCUGCUGAGACAUAACAACAGUAUUUCUCUUAACACUCACAGCUGACUCCUGAGUUCACUCAGCACCUGAACAAUAAGAUCAGGGAGCUUCUGCAGCAGAUGGAAAGGGGCCUGAAGUCUGCGGACCCCAGGGACUGCACUGGCUACACCGGUUGGGCAGGUAGGAUGGUGGCACCUGAAAAUGUGUGAAUGAAAUACAUUUGCCACUCAGAGAAAAACGUGAUAUCAGGCCAAAGAGCAGCUGAGGGACACAUCCUGCAGGGUAAGAAACUCAGAUUUAUAAGGUAAAACUAUAUAUAAAACUAUAUAUAAAACUAUAAAACUAUGUUACGGUCGCCACAACAGAAUGUCUAGGUGCCAUCCCCCCCCCCCCCGAUUUAUUUCUGUUUUUCAUUUCAUUUCUAUACAGAGAGGGGGGAAAGUAUUUGAUCCCCUGUUGGAGAUCAAAUACUUUCCCCCUCACUGUACUUCUAUGUGCAGAGUGGCUUUCUUACCCUCAGGAAACUCUGCCUAGGAUUGCAGCUCAAGCAUGCAUCUUUUGUUGCGAAGGUUUUUAAGCCAAUAACUGUUAGGAAACAAAUCACAUUUAAUCUGCAGGGCAGGGUUCACACACACCAACAGCCCAUGGCUUAAUAAAGCACAACUUUAUAAAACCUGGCUUAGCUUUGUGUGAAUCAUAGAAUCAUAGAGUUGGAAGAGACCACAAGGGCCAUCGAGUCCAACCCCCUGCCAAGCAGGAAACACCAUCAGAGCACUCCUGACAUAUGGUUGUCAAGCCUCUGCUUAAAGACCUCCAAAGAAGGAGACUCCACCACACUCUUUGGCAGCAAAUUCCACUGUCGAACAGCUCUUACUGUCAGGAAGUUCUUCCUAAUGUUUAGGUGGAAUCUUCUUUCUUGUAGUUUGGAUCCAUUGCUCCGUGUCCGCUUCUCUGGAGCAGCAGAAAACAACCUUUCUCCCUCCUCUAUGUGACAUCCUUUUAUAUAUUUGAACAUGGCUAUCAUAUCACCCCUUAACCUCCUCUUCUCCAGGCUAAACAUGCCCAGCUCUCUUAGCCAUUCCUCAUAAGGCAUCGUUUCCAGGCCUUUGACCAUUUUGGUUGCCCUCCUCUGGACACGUUCCAGUUUGUCAAAGUCCUUCUUGAACUGUGGUGCCCAGAACUGGACACAGUACUCCAGGUGUCUUGGUUUGGCCUUGUAACAAAAAGUCUCAGAUUGGCCUUCAUAUCAAGGUGCUAAUAAAGCCUAGGAAUUGGAGCUAUUGCACAGUUAAAAAGAUAACUCAGUACAUGCAAAUUUAUGCAGCUAUAAUUGGUUAAUUGGCUAUGUAUUUGGGAGAGUUGUUUGUUCACAGAGCAUUUGGACAUCUCUUAUGAUAUCAUGACCACAUUUUGCCUAGAUGGUUCUCGAGAUUCACAAGCCUUUUUUUUUUUUUUUUUUUUUUUGCCUAUGAAUACAGUUGGAUGCCAUUUUGAAUCAAGAUGGUGGACUGAACCUUUUCAAACUGCCCUUCCGGGUUGGCGCCAUCGGCAAUGGCGGAAUUCCUCUGAUCGGGAGGAAUUUGCCCCGUGGGAAAUUGGGUCUGGCCGCCACGCCGAAGGCUGAGACCCGCAAAAAAUCACAGGCGGGAGAAGCCUGUGAACGUGGGAUUCGGCGGGCACCCUUUGCGCCUCCCCCACUCGCGGGGAAACCCGGUUUCGGGGGUCCGGAGUGAGUGGCGCGGUGCUUCGAAUCGUCUGCUUCUUCCACGGAGCGAAGCCGCAUAGCUGUUGCCGGAGAGCGCUGACUUUUUCCUGUGGACAAUUUGACUCUAAAGUAAUUACCCAUGAGUAGAGCUGAAGCGGGAGAAUUGGAUUUUUAAACGUAUAAUUUGGUAUCGUAACGGGGAGGUUCAACACAGGAAGUCCGCCUUCCCCUUUUGUAAAUAGACUGAAGCAAUGAGGCUGCAAGCUGAAGUCUUGGAAAGCCUUUUGUAAAAGAAGAAAUCCCCACCGGUAAAGAACAUUUAACCCCCCCUUGGAGGCAGGAGAAGAGGGGGAGAAGUUGUGGACUGAGUAUGCCUGCAGGAGAGAGUGAAGAGAGCUAGAAUUCCGCCGCUCUGACCCUGGAAACGGGCUGCUAGCAGGACUGACGUCCUUUGGAUGUUCAUUGACAGCGCUUAGAACGUUCAUUGACAGCUAGCUAAAUAAGAGAAAUACAUUGUUUCUACUGUCUCCGGCUGUUUCUAAAAAGGAGUAAAGUAACUGAAAAUUGAAACUAACUUUGGAUUGUUUGAACUGUGUUUAAAAAAGGACAUUACUGAUUAAUACAAAAUAACAUAAAUAGAAACUGUUUCCCCCUAGUGGAAGCCUUUGAAACUGAUUGCUUUACAAGAGUUGGGCUGGGGGAAUUUCCAGCUGCAAGAUAAAAAACUGUGAGACUCUGGGACUGACCUUGAAUCUUUUAAGUGUUAUGGCAAAUGGAAAGGAAAAAACAGAUCAGCCAACUGCUGAAAAAACAUUAAGGUCUGGGAAGAUUUGGCAGCAACCCAGGAGAGGUUCAACACCAGGCCCCUCUGCUUCCUCUGCUGCGGCUUCUGCAUCAGUGCAACCAAAAUCAAGAGGAAUGUUGUCAGAAGAGGUUUUAGCGGUUGCAUUAGGUAAGAUAAACGAUUCAUUGGAACAGCUUAAUAAGAAAGUGGAUGUUGCAACGGAAAGCAUAAACAAUCUGGGACUAAAGGUGAAUACCAAUACAGAAGCUAUCCAGAAAUUGAUACAGGAAUCUACUCUGAUACGGCAGACUGCAGAGGAAGCCAGGGAGAAAGCUGUUGCUGCUGAAUGUAAAGUAACACAACUGGAGAGAGAGAGAGUCCCAGCCUACAGAGGCAACUUGAUGAACAUAAGUUGACGCUUGCUGUGAUUGAACUUAAAGAAAAACAGGCGAAUCUGAGGAUUAGAGCCCUACCUGAACUGGAAAAGGAAAGCUUGAUAGACUUUCUUACACAGGAAUUUGCUGACUUUUGGGAUUUGGACUUGGGUCAAGAAGAGUUUAAAAUUGUGAGGGCCUUCAGACUUGGAAGAGGAGGGAAAAAAGAGAAGAAUAGAAUAAGAGAUUGCAUGAUCACCCUUCGAACUAAAGAAGAGAGAGAUAGAAUUCUAGGUUGGCACUACCAGAAGAACUUAGAAGUACAACAGUCAAGAGUGGAAAUUUUUAAAGACGUCCCGAAAUAUCUUUUGGAUCUUAGGCCCAACUACGGAGAUAUUGUUGCCCUGUUGAGAAGGAAUAAAAUCAUCUUUAGGUGGGAGUUUCCCCAAGGUCUAUCUUUCAGUUUCAAAGGAAGGAAAAUAAAAAUAAGAUCAGUAGAAGAUAAAGUGAAGUUUUUGUUCAAAUACGAAGAAGAUCUGCAGAAGGGACUUGGAAAAGAGCCAAGAGCAUCGGAUAGAAGAUCACCAAAUAGGGGAAUAUUGGAUAUAUCAACACUAUCCUUUGGAUUGGAUCCCUCAGAGAACGUGUUACCAUUACCACCAACAGAAGAAGAGCAAGCAUUGGGUGCAGUUGAAGGAACAUCAGCGUAAUUACAUGAUAGAUGGUUGUCACCAAUGGAAGCGAAGGCACAGAAAAAACUCAAUAUGGAGGCCAAAUGGCCGAAAUAUUGGGAAAUUCUGGAACAAGAUGGAGAGAGACUAAAAUUGCAGAGUUUUGAAAAAUUGAAAAAUAAAGUGCGAGAUUGGCUCCAUUAUUACCAAAUAAUGGAGGCAUACAAUCUGGACAAAAAAGUUGGUUUCCAGGUGGAAAAAUCAAAAUUGGAAACAGAACUGUUAGAUCCAAAAAUCAAGAAUUUGUCAAGAAUGUAUAACUUGCUGUUGAAAUGGAAUACUCAGGAUGAAACGGUGAAAUCAGCUAUGAUUAAAUGGGCACAAGAUGUUGGACAUAAUAUAAUGAUGGCUGACUGGGAACAGUUAUGGACCACAGGUGUGAAAUUCACGGCAUGUAAUGCCUUAAGAGAAAAUUUAAUGAAAAUGAUUUAUAGGUGGUACAUGACACCAGUCAAGCUUGCAAAAAUUUACCAUUUGCCCGACAAUAAAUGUUGGAAAUGUAAUGAGACUGAAGGUACAUUCUUUCACCUUUGGUGGACAUCCCCAAGGAUUAAGACAUACUGGGAGAUGAUUUAUAAUGAAAUGAAAAAGGUAUUUAAAUAUACCUUCCUGAAGAAACCAGAGGCCUUUCUCCUGGGCAUGGUCGGCCAAUUGGUGCCAAAGAAGGAUAGAACUUUUUUUAUGUAUGCAACAACAGCAGCAAGAAUACUCAUCGCAAAGUAUUGGAAGACACAAGAUUUACCCCCCCGGGAAGAAUGGCAGAUAAAGUUGAUGGACUAUAUGGAAUUGGCAGAAAUGACUGGUAGAAUCCGAGACCAGGGAGAAGAAUUGGUGGAAGAAGACUGGAAAAAGUUUAAAGACUAUUUACAGAAAUAUUGUAAAAUUAAUGAAUGUUAGAAAAAUGUUGGAAUGAAAUUAUAUGGCUUUAUUAGAAAUGUUAUAAGGAAAUAAGUAUAAAUAGAUUAAUAGAGUAUUAAAGGAAAAAUAAGGUUAGAAUGUGUUAAGAUAAUUAUAGGAUAGAAAACAGAGGAAGAUGGAAAGGAAUUGCUGAAACAAUUAACAGAAGUGGAAUACAAAAAGGGAGGUGUGAGGACGUCGUGGAAAUAAGUGAAUGAAAGAUAAGAUAUUGAAAUUGUUUGAUUUAUUUUAAACUGUUUUUGUUUUGUUUUGUUAGUUUAAUGUGUUUAAUGUGUCAAUGUUAUGUAGUGUUUUUGUAUUGUAUUGUAUUGUAUUGUUUUUGUAGUGUUUAAAUCGUUGGAAAAGCAAUAAAUAUUAAUUUAAACAAAACAAACUGCCCUGAUUUUACUCACUGGUUUCAAAACUAUAUCAUUUUUUGGGGGUGGGGGAUGUGUCUUAGGAUUCCUGAGCAAUGCUGACUACAAGGCUGCUAGUUAUAAAUAAAAGCGUAGUUGGGGGAGAUUUGUAAAUAUAUGUACUAAUUUUUUUCUUUUAAAAACAGUCAUCUGCCAGGCAUUUUUAAAAAUCUGGUUGUUGUUUUUUAAUCAAUUAAACUGAUCAGUAGACAAAAAUGUGCAGCCUUCUGGUUUAUUGUGGUUUAGUGUGAAUCUGGUCUAGUGUUGGGACAUGGUGUCCGAUCACUCCAACUUUGCUCCUCCUCCUGUGAGCAGUUGAGUUGGCUUCUUGUGAUGUAUGAAUUCAGGAUUGUGAUUUGUUGAUAGCUAAUAAGCCAAGGUCCAUAAGUCAACGGCAAACCUUGAUUUAGGGCUGGGUAGGAACCUUGACUUGGCAGAAACAAACCACGAUCCUGCCUUGACGUCUUUUGAAACUGAGCUUAAUUGCAGCUUCCUGGAUUAUUAUUCCAUGUCUUAUCAUGAGAAGCAAAUGUGCGAUUGGGGAGGCAUUUAUUUACUGUGGAAUUGUUAAACUUUCUGCAGGCAUCAAUUGUAGUGGGAGAAGUGGCUUUGCCACCAGAGAGGCAGAAUUGAACUUGAAUGGGGCAGAGAAGUGUCUCCACGCUGCUGCUGCUGCUGCUGCUUGAUUCUCUGCUUGUGAAUUCUAAACUCACAUGCCUAACAUGUUUGGAAUUGAGAGUGAGUCUCUGAAGGAUUUCCUCUGGGUCACAGCCAGGAAACUGGAAUGUGUUGCUGUUCCAGGGCUUGCCUGCUCUCCACACACCCCACCCAAUCCUAUUUUUGUUAAUUUAUUCAGUGUGGUUUCAGGUUAUAAGAAAUUAAUCGGGCCAAGGCAACAGCAUUCCAUCUUAAUUGCUUUUGUGGGAAAGGCUUGUUGAGCAUCUCCUCAUGUAGAUAAUCUCCUGGCAAUCCGAAAUCAAUUGGCGCUUGUGUGGCAGCUAAUAAGAGAUGUUGGGAAGGAAUGGUCAUGGCUCUUUUCCUCACAAUUCCUCCUCUAUAAAAGGGAACUGGCUGAGACAUGGUGGCAGUGAUUUGGCAUAUGCUGGCGCUGGGCUUCGGAAGCAUGUUUUCCUCUGAUUGAGUCUUGUCAUUAGGCUGCUACCCGGUGCCACCAGGCAUCUAUUUCCCCCUUUCCUUCACAGAUACGGUUUCUGUUACCAUCCUUUCAGUGGAUGGAUGUUCCUUAGCCUCUUCUGGGAUCCUAUCCCACAGUGGCGUGGCGUGAAUUUUUUGUAGGGAACAGUUAGGGCCAGAGGCACCGGCAUGUGAGGGCGAUGUGUUGCACAUGUGAGCAUCACGCCUCCUUCCCUAAGCUGGGCAGAUGCUUCCUGGGCUUUGGGAAGGAGGCACCAGGCUUUUAAUACUCUAAUUUACCAGGAACAUUUAGGAGACUAGCCAAGUCACCCUAGUCCACUGAUCACACGCUACUGCUCUCCCAUCCUCUGAUGGAUGGUAGAGGCACCGAUCAGGUAUUCCUCCCUGCUCCCAAGUCCCAGCAUGCACUGCAUGUGUUGGAAAAGAGCAGUUGACAGACCAAAGGUGGAUGGGAGCAACUUGCAUCACCUGGUCUGUGCUGAGGGCCUUGGCUUUCUGCCUUCAGCCCCUUAACUGGCACAGCAGAAGGUGGUGCUGUUAUAGAGUGUUGUGGAAAUGAUUUUCACCUGUUAAAGCGCCUGGCUUACACACUAUAUUUGCCACACAAAAGUAGGCCCAUCUUGCCACAUGAGACGCUGCUUGUUUAGAAUAUUGGCUAGAAAGCUUCCUCCCCAACAGGAAGGGAAAACUGGACCAGUAAAUUCAUUUAUUGUUUUGUGCCUUUGUCCUUUGAUGCUAAUUUCCCAUGCUCUUCCCCUUCAUCUCAUAUCUUGCCUUGAUACAGAUGCUUGAAAUACCUGAAAUUUAAAAGCGUGUUGACUAUGGUACAAAAUUGUUGUUUUAGAAAGGAUUGUGUCUGAUCCUUGCAUUUCAUUGGCAGCAGCAUACUUUCUGUGAAGAUCAGGAAUUAGUUCUUGAAUCCAAUAUUGGACUGGAUCACUUUUUAUCUGUAAAGCAACAAACUGAACAGCUACUUAAAGCAAUCUAAAUAUUUACAUGCCAAGUUGUUUCUUAUGCAGUGUCUGCUGCCAAAAUAAGAUUGCAGGUGGCAAAUCCUAUUUGCAUCUUAAAUGAAAAUCUGUUUGGUGUCUUAUUUAAGUGGAUAUCUUUAUCCGCAGCACAACUUCUUUUGGCAUAAUAUUAAAUUAUGGUUGUAUUGUUUUGGUAUUGAGUUAUUUUGUACAUUCCUUUUGUAUUUGUUAUGUUUUGGUUUAAAAGCUUUUUAUUAAAACAACUAUACACAAAAAAGGAUGUCACAGUUGGGCAAAUCCUUUUGUGAAGCUCUUACUGUGUGGAAACAUCUAGUGGAGUUCCUUCUGCAUGUUAUGUUCCAUGCCAGUGUUUGACAGGGAGUCUGGCCUGUUUAAAUACAAGAGAGGGGCAUGUUCAGAGGAAGUGUAACCCCAUCAAGAGCAGGCGAACUCCCAUCCAUCUGGUCUAGUGAACUGCCCACUAACAGUGCCUCAGUCUUAUCUGGACUGAGCUUCAGUUUGUUGGCUCUUGUUCAGUCCAUUACCGAGGCAAGACAAAGGUCCACCACAUCCACUGCCUCACCUGCAGAUGAGACAGAGAGCUGUGUGUUAUCAGCAUAUUACUGACACCAUACUCCAAAACUCCAGAUGACCCCACUCAGCAGUUUCAUGUAGGUGUUAAACAGCACAGGGGAUAAAAUUGAACCCCAAGAAACCCACCUUGCAGGUUCCUUGGGGCCGAAGAGCACUCCCCACACAAGUAGGACUGGAACCACCACAGAGCAGAGCCAUCCACCUCCCACUUGGACAGCUGCUCCAGAAGGAUACCAUGGUUGAAGGUAUCGAAAGCAGCUGAGAGGCCAUGGAGAAUUAACAGGGACACAUUUCCCGUCUCUCUCCUGAUAGAGGUCAUUAUGCAGGGCAACCAAAGCAGUUUCUGUGCUAAAACUGGUCCUAAACCCCAAUUGAAAUGGAUCUUGAAAAUCAGUUUCCUCCAAGGAUACGUGGAUCUGGUCCAUAACCACCUGCUCAAGAAGCUUGCCCAAGAAGGGAAGAUUAGCAACUGGCUGGUAGUUACUUGGAUUUUUUGAAUCCAGGGAGGGUUUCUUGAGGAGUGGUUUUAUCACUGCCUCCUUCAAGCAGCCAGAGACCAUCCCCUCUCAUAGACAGGCAUUAAUUGCCUCCCUGGCUCAGCCAGCUGUUCCCUCCCUGUUAGCUUUUGUCAGCCAAGAAGAGCAAGCAUCCAAAACACAAGUGGUUGACCUGACUGAUCCAAGCACCUUGUCCACAUCCUCAAGCCUCACUAACUGAUAUAAAGAUCAGCAGAGCAUUAUUAGCCAAGAAAAAUUUUAAGAGUCCAGAGGGGCAGCUCCAACGUUUCUAGGCAAGGAAGUUAUUGUCGCCAGUUCCCCCAGUCUUUAAAAGAUGAGGAAUUGCAAUGACAUUAUCGCCAGGUCUUCCUUUAGGCGCAAGAAAAAAGUACUGACCGUUGAGAUACUUUCCUCAGUGGCAAUUUUGUGCUGCCAGGGCAAGCAACUACUCAGCUGUAGGUGAACCUUCUGUCUGUCAAGGACUCAGUGCUGCAGUGUUUUGCUUUACCAAACUCUAGAAAGGUGGCUGGCUGCUUGCCAGCAUAAGGUUUUCCCUUCUUAAAAACAGCUUCAGGUGCACACCUUUGCAGACAUGACUGAUAGUAGCAUACAUCUGAGCUGCCCUCAUUGGAAAUACUAACACUGAAACUGCCUACAGAGCGGACAAGGUUAUUAACUUUAGCAAGAAAUGGAAAUUUGCCCUUAAUAUACAUGCUGAAUUGAAUUGUCUGUGGUGUGAAGCUUUGGAGAUUACCCAUGCAAAAUGAGAAAAUGAUCUAAAUUUAAAACGAUCCCCUGUAUAUUGAAAGGUAAUUUUGAAGGCUGUUCUUCUUUUUCCUUUUUCUUUUUUGCACUGAAAUCUGAAGACAUUGGCUCUAUUAAUUUAGGCUUAAAUACAGAGACCUGUGUCAUCUUAAAAAUGGUUAAUGAGAUGGAAAGCACGCUGCUAGGGAUAAAAUGAGAAUUCCGGAGUUGAUGCAAGCCGCUGGCUCUUACUGGAUUCACUGAGGGUGGUUCACUGUAUGUUCAGCUCAUGAUUAAACCACACUGGUCCAAGCACUGCUUGAAUUUGUUUUUAGAUUUCUGCAUUACUAUUUAAAUACCAUAUUUUUUGCUCUAUAAGACUCACUUUUUCCCUCCUAAAAAGGGGAAAUGUGUGUGGGUCUUAUGGAGUGAAUGCAGGCUGCGCAGCUAUCCCAGAAGCCAGAACAGCAAGAGGGAUUGCUGCUUUCACUGCGCAGCAAUCCCUCUUGUUGUUCUGGCUUCUGAGAUUCAGAAUAUUUUUUUUCUUGUUUUCCUCCUCCAAAAACUAGAUGCGUCUUGUGGUCUGGUGCAUCUUAUAGAGCGAAAAAUACGGUAACUAAAGGAGCCUAGCUUAUUUGGGGCCUUAGCAGCUCCUCCUUCUCCAGUAUGGCUGCUGUCAAAAGAGGAUUGUUGCUUGGACACCCUCAGAAAUACUGCCUUGUUAACUAUUUCCAUUUAUAAUGUAUAUAGCACUUUCAUAAUUGCUUUGUGCCUAAUAAGAAAACUAAGUGCUUAUGAAGCAUUCUAAGGGUAUUCAAAGACCUUCCAGUAUGUUAAUCUUACUGUAAUCCUUACAACAGUCCUGUACAUUGGAUAUGUUCAUGUGUGAUGCCGACAUCGUUAAAACAAGCGCAGUUUAGUAAGCCAACAACAAACCUCAGCUUCAGAUCGAGAUUUGCUUGCAAUAGGCAAACCACAAUUAAGCAACUAGGCAGAGUUCAUACAUAACGCUGAGCCAUGGUAUAAUGAACUAUAGUUUAGCAUUAUGUGUGAACCAGGCCAUGGUGAGUUCCUGGAAGAAGUAAUGCUUGAACUGUAGGCUUCCUGAUUCAGCUCAGUCUUUGUCCACUUUACCAAACCAGCUCUUUUUACAGUCCUGUUCCUCCUUAUCCUUGCCACAGUCUUAUGAGCUAGUCUUUUGAUGGUGGUUUCUUGCCCUAUAGUGCAGAACUGGAGCUAGAAAUGUGACUUGAUGAAGCUGAAGUUUGAAACUGAUGGGAAGCUUCAAAAGUGUGUGUGGUGAUGGUGCAGGAGACUGAGGUUCCAGUUCAAAGUAGAAAAGUGGUUGUGUCUAAAGUAAUGUUCUGAGAACCUCAGCAAUUGUCAGUUUCCACAAAAACUACAUGCACAAGGAAUGUCAGAAAUGAAACAGCUGUAGGCAUUACACCAGGGAAUUACCACAAAAUGCAUAUCUAUUUCUCCAUUUUAAUUUUAUUUUUUUGAAAGACACGGCAGCAAAUGUUUACAGUCUCACUGGACAACACUUGCAUUCACCUAAAUGCAUUUCUGUAUUUCCAGACACCCUGGAUAAAUCUGCAAUUGUCAGCAUGCCCAUGUGGGUGUCAACAAUUGCUGCAUUUCUGAUCUGCACCAGCGCAUAAUUGCUGAAAUAGAUAUUAAAAUGUUACACAACAUCAGAGUUAACUUGGGUUAACUUCUUUAAUCUCUUUGCAGGCAUUGCUUUGCUAUACUUACAUCUGUAUAAUGUCUAUGGAGACCCAUCCUUCCUCCAGAUGGCCCAGGAAUAUGUCAAGAAGAGCCUGAGCUGCCUGACAAAGCGAUCCAUCACCUUCUUGUGUGGGGAUGCUGGACCUCUGGCAGUGGCUGCUGUGGUAUUCCACAAGCUGCAGAACGACAAGCAAGCAGAAGAUUGCAUUGCCCGGUAAUGCCUGAAGGGUAUUUCAGCUGAUAUUCCUCACCACACUAGGAUUUAUCAUCUCAGCCAGGGUAAACUGUAAUAUCUAGAAAGGAGAAGGCAGUCAAAGAGGUCACUCAAAUACCGUUUCCAUGAAAACACAAUAACUUUUAGGGAGUUCUCCAUUCAGUAUGCAAUACCCAUUACUUCAGCCUCAAUAAAAGCCAGUGUUUUCUGUUGCCACUGUAACUGAUAUUGACAUAAAUUUGGAAAGGGCUGUUAAUACACUGCGAAACAUUUUGCAUUAUUUAUUUUGACCAAAUGGUUUGUCAGGGAAGUGUUGCAAAAGUCACAAAUCAUAUCCAUGUCUAACUUCGCAGUGUACUGGGAUUUUACUCCCAAGUAAGUGUAUAGUAUUGCAGCCCAAAGCAUCUCUGUCCUAGGUGUGUUCCAUCAGGUAUAUUUUUAUUUACUUGCCGUACUUGUAUGCUGUGUUUCUGCUAAUGCAUUCAGCGAAGUGUACAGUUUUAAUAGUGGCAUGCAAUCUAACAGACACAACAUGAGAAGAAAAAAGGCUGGAGAGACAAUAAGCAAAUUCACCCACUGGUUCUUAAAUCAUGUUACAUAAAUGUUUAUGACUGGGUGGAAUGAGCACUUAAGAGACAGUUUAGGCAGCUGGUCCCAGAUGGACGUUGCUGCCUCGUCUCUGCAUCUUAGAUAGCUUAUUACGUGUUUUACUGGUAUAAAUGUAUGUAUCACUUCAGGUGAACCAGGAGUAUGAGAAGAAGAGCCUUGGCGUUGGCUACACAUCUUGGCCACAGCCCACCUAAUAGAGUUAGGGCACAACACUCCGUCAUACUAUUAGGACUUGCAUAAAAGCCAUUGAUAUGAAUAGAAAAUACACCCUUCAUCAGUUAUGCUACUGACUUUGACCGGUAUCAUUAUAGUUCAUUCUGUAAUUAAAGCUACUUUAAACUUUUUUCCAUUUGGGCAACAAAUGAUGUGCAUUGCAUGUCAUCUUUAUAUAUUCCCCAUGUUCGUAUUUCCUGUUUUAUUCUUAUCCACAUGGAUUUCAAUAUUCCCUGCUGUUUCCCAUUUGUCAUGUUGUGUUUCUGCAUAUUUCAGGUUGUUUUCCUGAUGUGGCUCUGGCGUUUACAAAAGGCAUGGGCCUGUUAUCACUAGAGAUAGAAACACAUUCUCCAUAAUAAGAAUAUUCACUCCAACGCAAUCCCACUCUUUGUUUCAUUUUGGAAAUUACUGGUACUCCUUUGUUCCUUCCACACUUAACCUCAGUUGUGCUACAGAGUGGGAAUUUGGUAUAAUCCCACACUGCCAUCUCAUGGUAUCGUGAGGGUAAGCAGCCAUAUAUCAUAGUGUUGGGAAGGGAGCAUAAGAGUCCCUUUGGGGAAAGGAUGUCUAAAGCAUCCUGAACUGGCAGUUGUCAAAUAUGCAUUCUCUUUAUUUACUUUUAAUGCUUUUAUAUAGCUGUUCUAUAGCAGGAGAUUAAAACCUCAAAGGAAGGAGCAACCACGGAACAUCUUGAUGUGUCGUGCUUUGACUUGCUUUCUUGCUUUCGAUCCUAAGCAUAUUUAUUCAUCAUGGAUCUUUUUGCAGCUUGUCCUGUCUCCAUCUUCUCCCAACCCUCUGGAGUUUUGCUCCUGUUAGUGGUUGUUCUAUUUUGUGUCAGAAAACUGCUACCAUGGCCCAUUACAAUCCACUUUAUGCCAUCCUCGUACAUGAUUUUGACUCAUUUCUUCUCUGAAUCCUUACUGGUAUGGAUGUGACCAUAACAUCUAGCAUGUGCUCCAGUUGAGCCACCAGCUAGUGCCAAGUAUAUUGUUAGGAAAUACUUCUUACACCUAGCACAUAAUUAUUUUGUUAGAUGGAAUCCAUGUGCACAUUUGCCUCUCUUAAAAAUAGACGGUGGGAUUUUUGUCUCUUCAUUUUAAGGCCUAGUUUACAUUAAUCUUGCUGGAAUUUCAUUUUUUCCUGAAAUGUAUUGAGAUGCUAUAAAAGGAAGUAUGUUGGAAACUAUGAUAAAUUCAUGUGCUCUCACUGGUGGUUUCUCUUGCCACUGGGCCAUAUUGAGCAGUCAAUGGGGAAGCCUGUCUUUUGGUCAAAAACAGUUCCAGAAGGUCUACCUGAAGGAGUCCCUUGUUUGUCUGUGUGCAUUUGCCCUUUCCCCUUAUAUCUACACUAAAGGCCACUUCAGAUUUUACUUUUAGUUAGUAUAGCCAUACAUGUCAGAGUGAUGUUUCGCAUGUAAUUGGCAUACAAGUAAUGCACAUUUACUUGGUCAAGAUUAGCAUGGUGAUUAAGAUUUAGGCCUUAUGAUCAAAAACAGCUGUUAACUUAGAAGACUUCUUUUCUCAUUGCUUAUUUUGUCAGUUGAAGAGUUCUGUUUGUUUUUAAAAGCUCUCUCCGUGGGGAAUCCCUUGUAUCCUCCUGAUAAUUUCAUGUACCGUAUAUUGCAGUUCUGUUUCCUUUUCAAGUUACUGGGACUAGCACUAACAUUUACAUCCGCCUUCCCCAACCAGGAAUUUUCAGAGACAUUACAUUCCCCUCCCUCCCCCCCUUUGUACAAACUAGUCAUAACACAGGCCUUGUUCUCACUGAGGUAGUAAAUUUGUGUGCACACUUUACCACUUCAGGUUGCAUGGGAGGGGGUUCACAUGACUGAAUGCUCCUCUAGACAAAAAUAUCAGUGUGCAUAGAAGACAACUGUGUCAGAAAAAGGGUGAUAAACUUUGUGGUGUGCCUUUUUUUUAAAAAAAAGAGGAAGUCAUUUAGUCUGAAGUGAUACAGCCCAGACAUGGGUUUACUCGUCUUUGGCCAGAGAGCCCGUAAUGGUUCUCAUCCUUAACCUAAGCAGAUUAUCAUCAGCAUUUUCAGUUUUCAGUAACCAUUGGUACCAGCCAAGCUGAUGAAGGGAUGCUUGUUUCCCCCCACUCCUUCUGUUGCUACAACUAUGCAAAAUGUUCCUCUGACUACUAUAUGCUAAGGGAAUAAAUAGGGGUAGAGAAAGAUUUGUUUCCUUCAUGCCUCCCUAGAAGCAUUUUGGGAAGAAAAGACUGGACUAGGUGGACUGUUGGUCUGAGCCAGCAGGCAGUAGGUUAAAACCACCACCAUCAAGGAGUGCAGUAGAAAUCAGAGCUAGUAAAAACAGAAUCAUGCUGAUUGUCAAAGGACAGAUGUUCUCCAUGUGCCCUUUGCCCUGCUUUGCUGAACCAUUUUCACUAAGGUUCCUUUCCAGCUUUCUCUUAAAUCUGCUGAAGCAGCACCAAGAAGGGAAAAUACGAACUGCUGCAACCACUUUUUUGGAACAAUGGCUGUUGUCUCUGAGUAAGGAGGGAGGACCACUUUUCUUUAUAUCUCGCUGUCCGGGACAACAGGAAGAAGCAAUACUUUGAGAAUUCAUUUGCAUCUUGAAUGAUUGGGCUACAGAGCUGGAGAGUUAAACUUAAGGCUGCAGAGGUAUCCUCAGCCUUGGCUCAGGAGUGGUUAACAAAUGUUUUAAUCAACUUUUAAGAAGGUUUUUUUUUGGGGGGGGGUCUGUUUUCAAGCCCUGCUCCCUUACUGUGCAUCUGUAGCUAGGAGUGAUCUCCUAGCCUUAUUCUAUUUCAGAAUGCCAAACGGCAGGCAGCAAAGCUAUCCCCCCACCACACACAAAAAAUCUGCUGGCUUUGUCAUUGGGAACACAGUUAUCCUCCAGAAACUAAAGUCAAAAAUAGCCCUGAAGUUUUGAUUUUAUACUUUAUUCACUUGUGAUUUGGGGAGAAAUUAUCAUGCAAACAGUAUCAGUGUUUAGUGGGUAGAAUUCCAGAUUUACAAACAAAGAGGAGUAACAAACUUUGUUGUUUAGAAUUGUACCCACAAAUUGAAAAAUGUGUAUAUCACUGAAUUUGUACAUCCUGUGUGUGUGUGUUUUAAGAUGUAUAAGUCUCAUGUUUUAUCUUUCAAGCUUGCUUCAUCUGCCCAAACUUGACCCUCGGGUCCCUGACGAGAUGCUCUAUGGACGUAUGGGGUACUUGUAUGCUUUGCUAUUUGUGAACAAACAAUUUGGAGAGGAAAAGAUUCCUCAAAACCAUAUUCAACAGGUACUGUGCCCAUUUCCUCUUCCACCUUAAACUAUUUAAACUAUUCAUCUUCUCUGCCUCCUGGGGGGAGGGGGAGUCCUGUUGUACAAGCAGAAAUCCUUGUUCAUCUGAUGGGAUGCGGUAGUUGAAUGCUACGCACAUUUAGUCCAUGAUUAUUAUUUUUUAGGGACUUGUCCGCACUUUUGGGUGCCCCGUGCCUGGAAAACACAGGUCCAAGCGGUUUCCCCCUUGCUCCACUCCUUUCCCAGAGAAAACCCACUCCUUAGCUCUAAAUCAGAACAAACACCAGUGUGUGGAAAACAUGAUUGCUGUUUGCUCCAACUGAGUGCUAAAGAGUGUUCCCACCCCGAGAAAGUGCUGGGGCCUGAGGGAGUGUGGAUAAGCCCUAAGUUUGACCUUGACAAACAAAAUUUCAAAGCAUCCAUUUCAGAACAGUAGUCACUUGAGAAAAGCAGAAAUAAUUGACUGCUUUUCUAAACUGAAAGCUUCAGAAUGUUGCCAUUGGCCACUUCAGUUUGUUUGUUUGUUUGUUUGUUUGUUUUUGUCAUCCACCAUUUAUUUCUGAUUUUCCUGCAGGUCUGUGAGGCAGUCAUGGCAUCUGGUGAGAACCUAGCCAAGAGACGGAACUUCACAGCUAAGAGCCCCCUGAUGUAUGAAUGGUACCAGGAAUAUUAUGUAGGAGCUGCUCAUGGCCUAGCAGGGAUCUAUUACUAUCUCAUGGAGGUGAGAGGCAUCCUUCAGAGUGGAGGAGGUCCACUUGUCUGUACUGUAUGAAACUUCUGAUUGAUUGAUUGAUUGAUUGAUUGAGUGAUUGAUUGAUUGAUUGAUUUGUAUACCACCCUUCAUCUGAAGAUCACAGGGCAGUUCACUACAUAAAAAUACAAAAUAGAAACACGAAAGACAUAAUAAAAACAAAAUGAAACCAUAACCCCCCCCAAACCCCACAUUUAAAUGGACAUAGGAUGUUUAUCAGCUAAAGGCCUAGUUGAAGUGGAACAUUUUCUCCUGGUGCCUUGAAGGUGCCCAGUGAGCCUCCCUGGGGAGAGCAUGAGAGCAUUUCCCAAAUAGGGAGCCACUGCGGGGGUGGGGAGAAUUUUCAUGUUGCUACCCUCCAGACCUCUUGUUUUGCCCCAGAGACAGAAAAUGAGAAAAGACACAAAGUUAGCAUAUUUGAUGCAUUGAAAGCUGGCUGAAUCAGUGCUUCAUCUGUGAUUUAACAUGGUGCUUGUCUUUUAUCUCUCAGCCUGGCCUUGGAGUGAGUCAGGCAAAGCUGCACAAUGUGGUCAAGCCCAGUGUGGAUUACGUCUGCCAGCUGAAGUUCCCGUCGGGCAAUUACCCGCCAUGCAUUGAAGAUAAGAGAGACCUGCUGGUCCAUUGGUGCCACGGUGCUCCUGGCGUUAUCUACAUGCUCCUUCAGGCCUAUAAGGUAAGCAGGAGGCUUUGCCAAAGAGAGAUGGGCAAUAACAGUAAGGAAACCUAACAAGUUUUCACCCCUGCUUACAAGGAGAUUGUAAUAUUUAAAUGCAAUAACUCCUCUGCCCCCUUCUGAAAUGGAAAUUAGACUUUUACAAAUGAUUCCUGAAGACGUCCUUGUCACGCAUCCUGAAUGCGGGACAUUCUUAUUGCUCAGAGUUGGCCAUGUGUCCUGUUCUGUGGUGAUUGACUAAUGGUGACAGCCAGUUGUGACUUAAAUAAUGGCCAUGCUCCUUCCAUUUAUCACUCCAAAAGUCUUUGAAGGUAAGGCAAAGUCACUGUGUUCUUGUCCAAGUUUGUGUGUGUGUGAGAGAGAGAGGCCACUCCUUGAUAAAAGAGCUAAUUGGCAAAAGUAUGCCCGAGUCCUCCCUGUUCCAGUCUCGGAUGAUGACGCCGCAGGGCAAAACGCUUCUUGUCUCCGCAGGUGUUUGGCGAACAGAAGUACCUCAGCGAUGCCUUGCAGUGUGCUGAAGUGAUUUGGCAGUGGGGGUUGCUGAAGAAAGGUUACGGGCUGUGUCACGGUACAGCUGGCAAUGCAUAUGCGUUCCUGACUCUUUACAACCUCACUCAAGACAUGAAAUAUCUCUACAGAGCCUGCAAGGUGUGACACACACACACACACACACACACACACACACACACACAUAUAUGAACUUUGUUUGGGAUGAGCAUGUUUUCUUUUGAGGUAGUCGUCAAAAGCAAUUUUUGGAUAAAGAAAAGGGCAUGCUAACAUCCUGAGAAGAAACUAAGCUGUAUCCACUAACUGAAGGUUGAUCCUAGCACAUGACAAAAUUGUUUGUGAUCAGCCUUCAAAUGCCAGCCAGCUAAGGACUCGGGGAGAUCCUCAACUUUAGUCAUACUUGGAAUAGAUCCAUUAAAAUCAAUGUACUUAAGUCCCUUGGUUUUAGUGAAUCUAUUCUGAGUAUGACAGAUGUUUGAUAUCACUCUUGGGAUGUGGAAUACUUUUCUUUUUUUAAAGGCUUGUCUGCAUUUUGAAAAGAGCUCACAGGCGGCCCCAAAUGAAGAUUAUUUGUUGCCUCUGGAUCAUGAGCUCUGAGCAGCCCGUCUCUGCUUCAGGGUUUUCCCCAGAUUUAGGAAAUCAUGAAAUGUGAUAAUAAUUGGAAAGCUGGCCUUCACAUGUUGCAAAACCUCUGUGCGCAAGGUGCUUCUAUUAAUGAGUCACUCAUAUACAGGUCACAGUAAUUAAAAGUGCAUGACCUGUUUUUCUAAAAUGCUUGAUAUGAUGAUACUUAAAGUGUAGCAGUAGCUGUGUGAAAAAUACGAUGUCCCUGUUCCAUGUUUCUCUUCCUGCCACCUUUGGCAGAUCUGUGGUGAUCUAUGUCUAAUGCUACUCUGCCUCACAUCUUUCAGUCCCAGGAUUUAAUUUGUCCCAGGGCUCACUGGCGUAUCAGAGGCAUUCUGCUGAUUAUAUAACCCCUGAUUAUACAGAGGUACUUAAAUACAGGAUUGUGCCUUAGCCUUCUUAACUUCUUUCUUUUCUUAGUUUGCAGAAUGGUGCUUGAGUUAUGGGCAGCAUGGUUGUCGGACACCAGACACUCCAUUUUCUCUCUUUGAAGGUAACCAUGUUAAGCUUGUUCCUCCUUAACGAUUUUCAGAUGUGAAUGUAUCUACUCCACAGUUCUCCCAGCCCAGAAUUCGGCAUCAGCUCACUAGAGCAUGUGGUUGAAAGUAAGCACAUGUGGGGCCUGGUCAAAUCAGCUGAAGCACUGUCAUUCGAAACUUAUACUGAAAAGGAAAACACUGUAGAGCAGGCAUCCCCAACCUUCGGCCCUCCAGAUGUUUUGGACUACAAUUCCCAUCAUCCCUGACCACUAGUCCUGUUAGCUAGGGAUCAUGGGAGUUGUAGGCCAAAACAUCUGGAGGGCCACAGGUUGGGGGUGCCUGCUGUAGAGGAAGUUAAGUUUGUUACGUCUAGCUGUGGUAGGCCUGGCUUCCCUUGUUCCAGUACUUUAGGCUGAAGCCCCCCAUAGCUCAGCUGGAUCUGUGGGUUGUCCUUAACAUCCAGGGAUCUGGGAUCCUGCUCCACUUGGAUUGCCACUCGCGUUGGCUUUCAGAACCAUUGAUCGGCUAACUCUCCAGGAUCCAAACAAACUUCUAAAGACUUUGCAGGGAUUGUUUGGCUGCCACCAGGCUCAGUAAAGAACCACAGAAACCAAUUCUGCAGGGUCCGUUGCGUAUGCUGCUCUAGAGCUAAGGAAACACCACGUUCCUUAUGCUGUAAGUAAUUGCUAUUCUAUGUCUUUUGUCUCCUCAGGAAUGGCUGGAACAAUAUAUUUUCUUGCUGACAUGCUGGUACCAGCCAAGGCCAGGUUCCCAGCUUUUGAACUGUAAAUUCCAUCCCAGCAUGAAGCUUGUUGCACUUCAUAUCUUUGGAAAAGGCAGAUUAAAUAGAUUUCAUCUCAUAUCUUGGCUAACAUGGGAAAAUCUUUGGGGUUUAUCAGUAUUUUACAUUCUUUUCAGUGUCCAAUCUGCUUUUAAAAGUUACUAGCUGUUUUAUUAUGUGCAUUGUUUAGGUUUACAGGUAAGGAACAGGGUUUUAAAGCUGGCAAAUGCACUAUAUUUUGUUGGAGUAUUUUUUAAAAAAAUCCUUGCUAUUUUAUGUAUCUUAUUUUGAGGAAGGGAGGCUUUUCCCAUUAUGAAUAUAUCUUUCUCAGUUUUAAUGAUAAGGGUGCAACUUGGUUAAUGUUUUGGAAAUAUAGAAGGGAUAAAAUAUAUGGAGCCCAGUUGUUUGUUGUGUGUGUGUGUUAUCCCUUCUAUCUUUCAAAUUACAUAACAUGUAAGAAAUAAGGAGGGGAAAAUACAGUUGGAAUUAAACAUACAGAGAAAAAAGGAGGUGUAAAUUUGGGUUAUUGCAUUCAUAAUCUUCAAGAAUAAUUAUUAAUAUUGGAGGGUAAUAACAUUUAUUUCCUGCUCCCCCUUGUGUUAAGAGGUAUUGUCCCCAGGGUCUUGUGAUACUCUCAUUUUCAAGCUGGAACCUUGGUGGGGGUUUUUAAGUAGCUACAGCUACAGGACAGGUUGUUCUUGAAUAGCAGCAGUGCUUGCUUAUGACGUUCUUCAAUAUCUCUGCAAAGGCUUGUAGCUAUGACAGGAAUGUACCAAAGUCUCGUCAUUCUACUUUUAAGCAAAGGUUCUGUUUACUGCUGCUUGCUUCAUCAGCACCCAGUGCAUAAGCUUAUAACCCCUUGAAGUGAUAAUGCAGUUUCUUCAGUGAAUGCUUUGAGAUCUGUGGCAACCUAGUCUAACAGAGAUAUUGUGCAUUUGCACGUGCUACCUCAUGUAUUUUUCAAUCUGCAACAGAUUGGAACUAAUUUGCAUCCUCUAUAGCGCAUCAGUGUGCUACCAGAUCUUUGUGAAAAGGGCUAUCUAAACCGUAAUUUGGUGUCGGACUGCAACGUGGCAUAAGCUUGACUUAAUAGUAGAUUCUCAAAGUAUUCUUAAAAGUGGAAAGUACCCGUAUGAAGUCAGGUAGGCAGCAAACCUCAACUGAUCUGGGGCUGUGUAAGUGAUAUGGAAAGCUCAAUUUCAGGUUCUGCUUCAGAGGAUGACGAGAUAGUUGGUCUCGGGGUCCUGGAAAAUGCCCAGAGUGCCUGCUGCUCUAUUGCUGCUACUAUGUUCCCUUUGUCCAGCGUAUCCAAUAUAUGAUCAGAUUUAGGCUAAAGCAUUUCUAGGUUUGCAUGUCCUGAUUCUCCGAGGUUAGGGGGACCCACUGAGGGGGCCUUGCCUGAGAGCCCCAAAAUCCUGGAGUCAGCCCUGGUAAGUGUCACUGAUAGCUGACUGCUUGGCUCCUUCCAGUUGAUUGUUGGAAGCGACUGACAACUCUGUAGUCUUCCCCAUCCCAUGUCAGCAUAAAUUACUAGGUUUUCCAGUGUAUAUUAUAAUGGAGCAGCUUAAAAAUACUUUCAGAGGAGCAGCAGCCAAAGGUUGAUUGGGAUCUGCUAGUAGAUUUGCUGUAGAUAAGUAAGUAGAUAAGUUUUAAUAAUAGUUCUUUAAUAAUAGUAGCAACAAAACAAAACAACUUUUCCCAUCUAACUUAAUCUGCUGAAAUGAAGAAAGCUAACCAGGAGCAUUAAAAGACUAUGAGCUAACUCUAAGGACAGAUCUUUUGUGUCUGCCUCUGGGUUGUAGAUUUUUCGGGUUCUAGCAGAAAUACAAAGUAGAUCUGAAAAACCUGAAGUUUACCCUGUCCUGUUUUAGACCAGUUGUUCUGAAGACGUUUCCAUCUCCUUGACUUUCAGGCAAAGCAUUUCCACACUGCCUUUUAAACACAAUGAAGCUAAUUUGCCUGUUGCCAGAUGUCACAGUUGUCACAAUUAAAACCGCUUUGGACCAGUAUCUUGUCUUAUAUUCUUUCUGAACAUCAGCUAUGUUGUGAAUAAAUUAAAAUUGCACUUCCAAGGAUAGAGAUUACAGCCUGCGCUGAACUUGCAUCUUCCCUUUAACUAUAGAUUCCGGGGCCCUCAGAGUAUGCAGUGAGUCUCCCCAAAAGGACACAAGCAAUUGUCAAGAGUGGCACAGUUUCUCUCUUCCAGCCCAACAUGCAUUGAUAGAGCACAGAGGUACACAUACCCCUCUCAAAAUCAGUAGCUGCACCCACGUGCACUCACGAAGUUUGUUGUUAAGCCCUUUUAUGGGUUCCUGCUUUGAGAACUGCUUCCCUCUAUUUGACGCCAGAGCCAAGAUGAGAGCAGGCAGUGCCUAGUGCUUGCCUAUGUCCUCAGCUACAACUUUAUUUUAACCAAGGAGGUUCACCGCAACAGCUUUGGGGAACCUGUGUGCCACAGAGUCACCAUGGCUACAGCUUUUAAUUUAGAAACAUUUGUACCAGCUUAUAUUUGAAUGUUUUUGAAACUGCAGGGGGAAAUGGCUCAUUGGCUGGAAGCUGUGAGACAUUUAAUAAAGUUCAACCCUGAAGAAUAGACUCUUAUUUUUCAUCUUUCACGUGCCCAUGUAUAUGUGUGUGCAUGCUUAUGUUCAAUACUCAUAUCCUAAAAUCAAAAAUUCCACAAAUAAAACAGAUUUUAGUUCUUAAAGUGUGGAAAAAUUAGCAUGCAUAUUGGGUUUACAGUGAACAAGGGUGAUGUGUAAUGUUUGUCAUACUUAGAGACUGCUUAAACCACAAAUUAUAAUGGGCCUACUCAGAGUAUGACAAAUGUUGCUUAUCACCCUGUGUUAUUUGUUAUUUUUAUAGACUUACAACAUGAUUACAACCUGCCUAUAAAUCUCUGUUACACAUCUGAUAAAAUUGUUUAGAGGCGCUUAACGGGCUGCUGCUUCUCCAGCAGGUGGUGCUGCCGUCUGGUGGGUUCUUGCCUCUCAUGAGCAAACACUGGGAUGCUGUCUUAAGGAUAAUGUAAACCAUUAAAGUCACCAGAUUCAAAAAUCUGUUAGUCUGUUGAAGCCAAAACUGUGGAGCCCUGUGCCUCCCCCCACACACACACCCUGAGAGCGUCUUGUGAAGUAUAAAAGCUGUUCAGUCAUGCAACAAUUAAAUGCUGAGGCUUUCAAGUGCUGCAGGAUUCUGCCCCCUUUCAGAGUGUCAGUGUUCCUUGGCUCUUAGGAUUUACUGCUGCUGAUUUUAAAUGGGCCGUCAUCUGAUUUUAACAGCAGCAUGGUUGCAGAAGUUUAGCGUGUGAGCCUUUUCUCUCUGUCCUAGGAAAACCCCUGCUAAAUUUAUGUGUAACAGGGUCCUUUUCCCCCCCUUGUUGUAUAAAUAAAAAACUUU